AGCAGACAGAGCCGCCAAGGCCCGAGGCGGCCGGUGGGGUCCGGCGAGCGCCGCCAGCCUGUAUGAAAACCCAUGGACAAUCCCAAAUUUGUUGUCAAUGACAAGAAUUGGCUUGGCCCCAGUUUUGGGCUAUUUGAUUAUUGAAGAGGAUUUUAAUACUGCACUAGGAGUUUUUGCCUUAGCUGGGCUAACUGAUUUGUUGGAUGGAUUUAUUGCUCGAAACUGGGCCAAUCAAAAAUCAGCUUUGGGAAGUGCUCUUGAUCCACUUGCUGAUAAAAUACUUAUCAGUAUCUUAUAUGUUAGCUUGACCUAUGCAGAUCUUAUUCCAGUUCCACUUACUUACAUGAUAAUUUCAAGAGAUGUGAUGUUGAUUGCUGCUGUUUUUUAUGUCAGAUAUCGAACUCUUCCAACACCGCGAACACUUUCUAAGUAUUUCAACCCUUGUUAUGCCACUGCUAGGUUAAAACCAACCUUCAUCAGCAAGGUAAACACAGCAGUCCAGUUAAUCUUGGUGGCAGCUUCUUUGGCAGCUCCUGUUUUCAAUUAUGCUGACAGCAUUUAUCUUCAAAUGCUAUGGUGUUUUACAGCUUUCACCACAGCUGCAUCAGCUUACAGUUAUUAUCAUUAUGGUCGAAAAACUAUUCAGGUAAUAAAAGGCAGAUGAAAGUCUCCAUCAUCAUUAGCAAGUGAACAAUGUGCAUCAUCGGCAGCAGGGCCAGUGGAAAUCUACAUGAGUUUCCCUAUUUCGAAGUUCUGCUUGAAAAAGGACUUGUUAGAACAAAUCAUGCCAUCAAAAUUUAAGUAAUGUACAUUGAAAAUAAGCUUGAUCAUGGGCAUAUGCAGAAUUUCCAAUGUAUUUUUUAAAUACAAAUAAAACCAUAAUUUAGAGUUUUUUUUAUCUUAGGUUUCUUAAUUUAUAAGGUAUCAGUUAUUCCAAUCAUUGUCUUUUUUAAAAAGUUUUUAAAAAGAUAGUCCAGAGCAUGGAAACUGAAGAGUUGCCACUUCUUAAUAGAAUUUACAUUGCUUACAAAGCACUAGGGAAUUUCCUGCAUUCCUAGGGAACAUCGUAUACAACUUGGCUACACAGUUUUAUGUUUGACUCUUGGAUCUCUGUAUACAUUAAUAGUUCAUGUGGUUAAUAUUUGAUCAUUUUUAGGAUAAAGACAAUAAAGGUGGCUUAGUUGUGGAUGAAGUAAACCGGUAAAGAUAUUUAAAGUGCAGUAAGUUUUGAAGAUAGUAACUUAGAUCAAAGUAGAAGGUAUUGAAGUUUAUGGUCAGUAGUCUUCCAACCUCUCAGGUGCCUAAUAGUUUAGGAUAACACAUAACAAAGAUGGAAUGUGAGAACAUGUCCGCUAGCCUGCACCAUCCAGGAGGCAGUGAGUAACAUCAUGCCUUUUCUGGGUUUCUAACAUAGUAGUGUUUGUAUAAUACUGGAACAUGUACUCAUAUGUUAUGUAAAUUAUAUGAAACUGUAUAUUUUUCAAAGGUUUUUUAAACUUGGGGGAAUCUUCUUUUAUUAAGAUAUUAAAGGAAUAAAAGAGCUGGAAAACAAA